GAGAUUGGUGAUCGUCCAGAUGCUUUGGGUAUGGGCAUUAUGGGUGGUGAAGAUCCAUCUGCUGGAAAUAAGACUGCAAACGGUGUUCUACAAUCGCAUCAAACAAAUGGCAAAGUCGCCAGCUUUGAAAUAGCAUCGGUCGCCCGCAUGCCCACCGAACGUAACGCCAUGGAAUACAAUAUGAAUCACAAACGACGCGGUAUAGCCCUAAUUUUUAAUCAUGAAUAUUAUGAUAUACCAUCGUUGGAACCGCGCAAAGGUACCAAUGUCGACUGUGAAAAACUAAAGAUGGCAUUGAAGAAUUUAGAUUUUGAUGUGAACAUUUACAAAGAUUGUAAAUUGCGUGAUUUAUAUAAACAUAUCGAAAGCGCUGCAUCCCAAGAUCACAGCGAUAAUGAUUGUAUAGCCGUUGCAAUACUCACCCAUGGUGAACAUGGUUAUCUAUAUGCCAAAGAUGUUAUGUAUAAACUCGAAAAUAUCUGGCACUAUUUUACUGCCCAUGAAUGCCCCACAUUAGCUGGAAAACCAAAAUUGUUCUUUAUACAAGCCUGUCGAGGCGAUCGUUUAGAUCCAGGAAUUAAAUUACAAAAGACUGAAACGGAUGGUGAAACAUUUUCCGAAAUGACAUAUCGUAUACCGGUACAUGCGGAUUUUCUAAUCUCCUAUUCAACAAUACCAGGUUUCUAUUCUUGGCGCAAUACCACAGAUGGCUCAUGGUAUAUUCAGUCAUUGGUAGAAGAAUUGAAUAGAAAUGGUAAAAAAUAUGAUAUGCUUACGCUAUUGACAUUUGUUAGCCAACGUGUGGCUGUGGGCUUUGAAUCGUGUGUACCCUCGCGGCCCAUUAUGGAUCAACAAAAACAAAUACCUUGCCUCACAUCGAUGCUAACACGUAUUUUACGUUUCAAUGAAAAGUCGUCGAAUAAGACAACUUAA